AUGGCGCCUCACCGUAGGCCUGCUAAUCAACUGGCACAACAGAAUCAAGGAUUUCUGGAUGCCAUGUAUGCUGCCUUUCAAGGCAUGGCCACAAGAGCUCGAAACGAGCGGCCGGUUGAGGAUAGGAAGCAAGGGUACUUCCGGGAAUUUAGGCGUGCGCCUACCCCCUCGUUUAAUAAUGAGGGAGGACCCCAGGAGGCGGAGUUUUGGAUUGACUCCAUAGUUAAGCACUUGAGUACUAUGGGAGUUCCAGAUGAAUACUGGGUGGAAUUUGCGGUGUACAAGAUGGAAGGGUUAGCAAACACUUGGUGGAAACAGGUCAAGAGGAGAAUGGAUGUCGUAGGAUUGACCUGGGAGCAGUUUGAGACGCUGUUCAAUGACCAGUAUUUCCCUCAGAGUUACAGGGAAGAAAAAGCACUGGAAUUCAUGUCGCUGCAGCAAGGUGACAUGUCAGUGAGGCAAUAUGCGGCUAAGUUUAAUGACCUGUCCCGGUUUGCGCCAUCUCUGGUGGAGUCUGAACACAUGAGAUGUCUUAAGUUUGAUAAGGGCCUCAAGAACUCUGUGAAGAGAUCCUUGGUGGCUCUGAGACUUCGAAACUUCCAGGAUUUGGUAGCUGCUGCUACACGGGUGGAACAGGAUAACUUAGCCUAUCACCAAAGCAAAGAAGAGGCGGGUCGAGUCUCUGUCUCUUAUAGACCUUCUGUCUCAGGUGGACCACAGCGGAGUGGUAGAAGAAACCGCAACCAGGGACAGAUGGUUGGGGAAAUGGGUGACUGUGAAGAAUAA